AUGGCCAUGGCCGGCCUCCUCCUCAAGCUCCUCCCUCCAUCACCUCCCAACGACGGUGCAACGACCUCGACGACGUCUCCGGCGGCGGUGAAGCUCACCUACCCCGAGUUCAACGGCUGGCUGUGGGAGCUGCCCGGCGGCUUCCGCGUCCUCGUCGACCCCAUCCUCAUCGGCAACCUCGACUUCGGCAUCCCUUGGCUCUUCGACGCCGCCAAGAAGACCCUCCCCAAGUCCCAGCCAGUCGCCGGCCUCCUCGCCGGCGUCGACCUGCUGCUCAUCACCCAGAGCCUGGACGACCACUGCCACCUCCGCACCCUCACCCAGCUCGCCGCCAUCCGCCCCGGCCUCCCCGUCGUCGCCACGCCCAACGCGCGCCCAAUCCUCUCCGCCCUCCCCUUCACCCACGUCACCUACCUCGAGCCCGGCCAGUCCACCGCCGCCGCCGCCGUCACCGUGCUCGCCACCGCCAGCCCCGUGCUCGGCCCGCCGUGGCAGCGCCCCGAGAAUGGCUACAUCGUCACCACCGCCGCCGGCGGGAAAACAGAAAUUGAACGGGCAGAGGAUGCAGGAGGAAGGGGGAGGGAAGGGGGGAGGGGCGGUGGCUAG